AUGCGUUCUUCCUUCAUAUCGCUGCUUCUAGCCACCGUGUCUAGCGUUGUCACGGCACAGCAAGACAAUUCUUUCCUUGAAACUCCACACUUACCACCAGAUCAUCCCGACUCCAUCGACUUCGCUACCGGCGAGGAAAUCCUCAAACGAUCGCCUCCCGCUGGUGUCUACGUCUGUGACUCGGCGGGCUGGAAAGGCAUAUGCAAAUUUCUACAAGUCCGCGAAAUGUCCUGUAACACAUUCUCCUGGAAUACUGACAUAUCCUUCGGAGUCCCCGCCCAAUGGCAAUGCAAGUUCUACUGGGGCGACCAGUGUAGCGGGACGAAAAGAUCGGAUGGCAAGCUCACCCUUCCCGGCACGUCGAACUUUGCGGCCUUGUAUGGCAACAUCCCACCCAAGUCGUUCAAGUGCCGACAAUGUCCUGGCGAUCCUGGCUGUAAGAAUGGGAAUGCUCCUGAUUUCUCCGAAGCCACCGCGAAGCUGGGCGAUAAGAGCAUAGUGAAUGGCGAAUGCCAGAUCUACGCUGACGGAAAUGUGAUAUCAUAUCAAUGCUAA